AACUUAUAUUGAAGAAGAAAAAAAAAAAAAACCCUAAUAUGUAGGCCCUAAAAGGUAUACGAACUAUAAUCAACCAAGAAAAGUGAUUAAAAGCCAUUUACAUUUUCAUUUGAUUUAUUUUUCUCUUGCAAUUAUUGUUAGAGGCUAUGAGAUCGAAUAUUCACUUUAUUGAUCAGAAAAAACCAGGUGGAAUAUGUUUACUUAUAUAGAAUGAGUACUGAUGUGAUUUUGAUUGUUGACCUUCUAAGUGUUUAUGAACACAUAGAAAUUAAACAAAGUGUGGGUUUUCACGUAACAAUCCAUAUUCCAAUAGUUCACAAUUUAGGCAUGUCAAUUCCUUCUUUCCUUCUCCAAUUCAUGACUUCCUCAUUCAAGUAACUAGACACGUCAUAAAAUUUUGAAUAACAAAGCGGUUUAUGAUUGGUGGGCCCAUGUCAAGCUACACUUCUAAUUUGAGUCCAUGCAUCACUAUUGGGCUUAGGCAGAUAUUGCUUACCAACAUUGGGCUUACUUUGGAACCGACGACCCAUAAUUUACCGGAUUCCAACUUUCAUGAAUCGGGCCCUCUUAUCCGAUCCCUGAUCUCAGAACGCGCGUCUACCCGUUGUUGUUUCAGUAACUGACGCUAACUGUCAUGGCUUCGCUCUUCCGUUCUCAGCCGGUCAGCGCCUACCCAGUUUUCGGUUCAGACGCAGUCCGGUCCGGUCCUCCAGGACCUCCACCGCACGCCAGGCGCUCUUCAACCGCAUUGCCCCUGUCUAUGAUAACAGCAAAAAUGGGAGCGUUUGUGUUGGAUUUUUGCAGUGGAAGUGGGGAUUUAGCGUUUCUCUUAUCUGAGAAAGUUGGCUCCAAUGGCAAGGUGAUUGGUCUCGAUUUCUUGAAAGAGCAGUUGUCAAUUGCUUCGUCGCGGCAAAAGUUGAAGUCGAAAGCCUGCUGCUUGAACAUUGAGUGGGUUGAAGGUGAUGCAACUGAUUUGCCGUUUUCUGACCGUCACUUUGAUGCCAUCACUAUGGGUUAUGGGCUAAGAAAUGUAGUAGACAAAUAUAAGGCCAUGGAGGAAAUGUUUAGAGUUUUGAAAGCAGGCUCGAGGGUAUCAAUCCUUGAUUUCAAUAAAAGCACCAAUCCAGUUGUGUCUGCAGUUCAGGAAUUGAUGAUUGACAAUCUUGUUGUCCCAGUGGCUUCUGGUUUUGGACUUGAGGAGGAUUACAAGUAUUUAAAGAGCUCAGUCAUGGCAUUCCUGCCAGGGGACGAGUUGGAGAACCUGGCUUUAGACGUAGGUUUUUCCAAUGCCAGAUAUUAUGAGAUUGGCAGAAGCCUCAUUGGGAACUUAGUAGCCACACGAUAGUUUGAUUCAUGUAUAUGCUGUUUCAAAUUGUGUCUUAGUGAACACAAAGUAUGUGCCUUCGGGAAAUAAGAAAAAUGUUGUGCCUCAUACAUUUCUUUUCAAUUAUUCUUUCAUAGUUGUGAACAUCAA